AUGAGCGACGGAGACAGCGACCUGGAGGGCUAUGGGUCCGCGCCGUACUAUGCCCAUUCCCACCCCGGCAACUACGGCACGUACGCGCCUCCCCCACCUCCUCCUCCGCCUCCCCCGCCAGCGUCACCUCCGCCGCCCGCCAAGUACACGGGCAAGGCGCGCAUCAUCGAGUCCUCGGUCUUCUCCAGCCGAGACACGGGCCGACCCAAAGCGCGCGCCAAAAAGGUCCGCAAAAAAGUGGAAGGCAGGCAAAAUCCGCCCAUUUAUAAGCCAAGAGACCCAAUUGCCGCCGCCGCCGGCGGUGACGCUCCUCACAUGCUGAGCGUCGUGGAGCUCUGCAACAACAGCGACGAGGACGCCGAGAGUGUUGCCACCACGGGAGAUGUGGCCAUCGACACGCCCCUGCACUCGGGCGAGGAGGACGGCAACGAGAGCGGCGAGACGGCGGACGACGGCUGGGCCGACCACAACCGCUGGUACUGCAACAUCUGCAAGGAUGGAGGCCAGUUGCUGUGCUGCGAUCGCUGCCCCAGAGCGUUCCACAUGAGCUGCUUGGGCAUGUCGGUAGACAUGAUCCCGGACAGCGAGUGGUACUGCAAAAUGUGCACUGAGUGCCUGGACCGCCGUCGCCUGAAGAAGGAGUCGAAGGAGAAGGCGCGCGUGAUGCGCGAGACGGAGAAACUGGAGCGCAACGCGAAGCGCCGCAAGGCCGAGCAGAUGAAGGAGGAGCUGCUGGCCAAGAAGUCGGUGGAGGCCAUCGAGCACAAGGCCAAGCGCGUGCUGGAGAUGCAGGACCGCAUCCUGAGCCGCAAGAAGAUCAAGUACAAAGACAAGGAGGAGGAGAAGCUCGGCAGGCUCGCGGAAGACCUCGCGCAGACCGUGCGCACGGCCAAGGAGCGGCUGGAGAAGCUCGAGAAGGAGGACGCGGCGCUGAGGAAGAAGGAGGACGCGCUCAACAAGAAGAAGCGCGGCAUCGACGACAUCCCGCCCGAAGUCAUGGAGGACACGUCGCGCCCCGACAAACCGACUUUUGCAGACAUCCCGGCCAAGUAUGUGGGCAAGAUGCUGGCGGUGUGGGACUGCAUCUACGCGUUCCGCGACGUUCUAGAGCUCGCGGACGUAACAGUUGAUCAGUUCAGUCGCGCGCUAACGUACCCCAAGUACUCGCCGAUGCUGACCGAGGUCCACAUGUGCUUGCUGGAGAAAAUCCUGGAGGACAGAGAGGACGAGGACUAUGUCUCGGAUGACGAGGGAGGCUCGAUUGACGACAGCGAGCGAUACCGAUACGAGAUUCAGCACGCCCCGCUGACCGUUGGGGUGCCAACUCGCUCGAUGCUCUCUUCUCUCACGUGGCCGUCUGUUUUGUGCAGCUUGAUUGCGGCUGUGCCUCGCUACACAGCACACUCGACAUCGACGUUCUUAGCCGCGUUCCGAGCGCUCCAAGAGACUGACUACCCGUCGCUACAGGUGCAGCACAAGCUGGCGUUGCUGAAAUUCCUGGUUGGCCGCUUCGCUGGUACGGAGAAGGUUCGUCGGCUGCUUGCCAGGCACCUGAGUGAAACUAUCCAAGGCACCAAGGAGUACAAUCGCACUGUCAUCAUCGACCGGAAGCUUACGCUUGAGGACGAGAAGAAGCUUCGCGAGAAGCAGCGCGCGGAGCUGGCCAGCAUCGUGGACUCGAACAAGACGUCGAUGAAGUCUUGGCUGGGGAACGACAAGAAGGGAGGUAGCUCGGUUGAUGGCAUUGAGGAAACUAAGAGCGACUUCGAUGGCGACACUGGCUCAGCUAGUGACUCGGACUUGGAUGACCUCGCAUACAGCGAGGAGGCUCUGUCCAAGAACGAAGAGGAGCUGGAGAAGCUGCAGAUGCAGGAGUUCAUUUCUCGCCACGAGUACAUCGCGCGAAGGAAGAAGCUGGACAAGCAGCGCGAGAGGCUUCGACAGAGGGCGGAGGUAAAGAUGCGCAAGCAGAAAAUGCAGGAGCAGAUCGAACGGAAGCGAGCCGCAGCGAAGAAGGGCAUUACUGAUGGACUGACGUCCAAGGACGCUACCCUGCUUCGAAGUGCGAUUGAGAAGGGCAAGGAGUGUGGUCUUCCGGACCGUAUUAUCGUGUCAGCAACCCAUGUUCUGGAGAUUCUGGAUGCUGAAGCUGCUCGCGACGAAGAAGGUUUGGUGAAGAAGCGCAAGUUCAACGCUCUGCUGCGUCAGCACUUCGUUCGGUCGGAGCCCAUCGGGCGAGACCGGGACCAGCUUAGAUAUUGGAUUCUUCGAGGUGAUCUACAGCGAAUUUACGUGGAGAGACCUGGUCCCUCCGAUAAGGUGAAGCGCAAGUACGAGUCCUUGGCGAAGAGCGGGUCUCCGAGGGACGGGCUGAUCCCUGAGGACGACGACAGCAACGCGACGUGGUUCUGCUACUCGUCCCAGACGGAGGUGAACUCGCUCGUGGAGGCGCUCGACGAGCGUGUGCCUCGUGAGGCUCACCUUCGCUCAGCCCUGAACGAUCACAUGGAUGAAAUCACGGAGGAGAUGCCUGUUUCGAAGCCUGGCUUGCUGAUUUCGGACCUGCUGAACGAGGAGAGUAAGAAGCGCGCGCAACGGACAUCAGGCUCGUCAACGGACGAGGCUACGGAGUUCCUGCAGUGGAAGAAUGACAAGCAUCCCAAGCGCAAGUCUGUUCAGCAUGCAGAGCCGAGCGUGGAGUCGUUCCGCGACGACCUGCUGAAGUCGCAAGACUGGAUCUCCAAGUGCCUGCGCACGCUCGGCUCCACGUGGCCUGACCGUCCUGAAAAUGGCGGCGCUGCGUGGCGUAAAUCUCUGGAAGACAUCGAGACAAUCGAAGGUUUCGCUGCCCCAUUGUUGGCGUUAGAGAAUGAAGUGAUGGCGGCACAGGCCAAGCCAAAGGGAGCGUCUGCGGCUGCGGCGCCUGCUGCUGCUGCUUCAGCCGAUGGUACUGACGCGAAUAAGGAUGCUCCUAACCCCAGUGAAGAGCACGACAAGAUCGACGACAGGAGUGACGAAGAGGACGACGACGAGGAAGAAGAAGUUCUGGCUGUAGACGACGGCUCGAUGCUGUGGCCGUCCAAGUAUUGCCGCGAGCGUUGGAUUCAAAAUGUCAAGCGUGGCAAGACGGUCGCUGUCAUAGCAACUGCGUUAGCGUCAUUAGUGCAUCGCCUGGAGGUGCUGGGCUUCUUGAAUGCGUCGGAUGAAGAUGCGAUGAAGACGCGCGCCAAGAGCGAGAAGGAGAAGCGGUCUCGCAAGGAGCGCGCUGUCAAGAAGAAGAAGCAGUUUGAGGACGCGGAGGACGACGAAGGUCCGACGCGCGAGUCGGUGGACGAGUGGGAGGAAGACUGCUACAUUUGCACCGAAGGCGGCGAGCUGUUGUGCUGCGACGGCUGCCCGCACGUCUUCCAUUACUCAUGCAUCGGCCUGCGCCGUAUUCCUCGCGGGAAGAUCUUCUGCCACGAGUGUGAUACGACGGUCAAGCCUGUGUUCCCAGUGAAUGGCGCCAAGAAGAACGGAAAGGCUGCGUCGAAGCGGCCAAGACGCUCGAACUCGCCAACGUCACGGCGUCGGCCCCGCAAACAGGCCAAGCUGGGCAAGGCCAAGUCCGAUGACUCGGAGUCGGAAGACAGCGGCGCCGAGUCCGAUUCUGCAGUUUCCACCACGUCUUCCGCCCGCCCAGCUUCAAGACCGAAGGCCCCUGAAGACCAGUGGGACGUCGACUGCAGCGUGUGUGGCCUCGGAGGCGAGCUGCUCUGCUGUGAUGGAUGCCCUCGCGCUUUUCAUGUCAACUGCAUCGGCCUGGCCGAGAUCCCCGACACAGAGUGGUUCUGCAACGAGUGCAACCUGCAGACGUGUGGCGCCUGCAAGAAGAACAAGAUCCGGCUGGACUCGCACGUGAUCUGCGGCUCCGAGGACGGCACGAAGGGCUGCGACCGCGUGUUCCAUCUGAAAUGUGCCAAGCUCGAUGCUGUCCCCGCAGAUGACUGGUACUGCAAGAAGUGCCGCACAAAGCUAAACCUGUAA